AUGACGUUAUUUUCCCACUUUUUGCGGCUCCUGUCGCUACUACUGCUCAUCUGUGCAGUGAGCGCUGAGCAUACUUCUAACUGGGCGGUACUGGUUUCCACCUCUCGAUUCUGGUUCAACUACCGCCAUCUCGCAAAUGUCCUAUCCCUCUACCGAACCGUCAAACGCCUCGGCAUUCCCGACUCCCAAAUCAUUCUCAUGCUUCCUGAUGAUAUGGCCUGUAAUCCCCGCAAUGCAUUUCCAGGGACUGUAUACAGCAAUGCAGACCGCGCAGUCGAUCUGUACGGUGACAAUAUCGAGGUGGACUACAGGGGCUACGAGGUGACGGUGGAGAACUUUAUUCGCCUCUUGACCGACCGCCUGGACGAAGAUGUCCCGCGCAGCAAGAGACUCGGAUCCGACGCGGGUAGCAAUGUUCUUGUUUACAUGACCGGCCAUGGAGGAGACCAGUUCUUGAAGUUCCAGGAUGCGGAGGAGAUCGGCGCGUGGGACCUGGCCGAUGCGUUUGGCCAGAUGUGGGAGAAGAAGCGCUACCAUGAACUUUUGUUCAUGAUUGAUACUUGUCAGGCCAAUACGAUGUACACCCAUUUCUACUCGCCCAACAUCGUCGCAACGGGCUCCAGUGAACUCGACCAGUCUUCUUACUCUCACCAUGCGGAUAACGACGUCGGGGUCGCGGUCAUCGAUCGCUGGACCUAUUAUGUGCUCGAGUUCCUUGAGACCCAAGUAACAAGCGCCAAUUCAAAGUUAAACCUAGGGGAUCUUUUUGACUCCUAUGACGAAUCGAAGAUCCAUUCACAGCCCGGCGUGCGAUGGGACUUAUUCCCCGGUGGCGAACAAGAUGGCCGCCUUCGGACCGUGGUUGAUUUCUUCGGCAAUGUCCAGAACGUUGAGGUUGAGAAUGCGAACUCAACAGAUCCCGGUUCCCUCAAGGAAGAUCUGGCUGAAAUUGCGCGACUGGUGGAAAAGUGGCAGAAGCGCGAUGAGGAGUACUCCGCCAUUCUUAACAAUAUGACCGAGCAACAAACCAGUUCGCCUUCUAUCCAUCUUCCUCGCAAGAAGACUGUUGGGCCAACCCGGAUGACUGACGAUAGCAGCUGGGGAAAGCGCUUAGUCGGUCUAUCUGUGGUGGGAGCGUGCACAGCGAUCUGGGUCGCCGGUUCAUAUCUUGGGCGCUCGGUUGCUUGA